UUAGUUGUAGCCUACUGAGGCAUGUUGGUUGCGAAUUGUAAGGAAUAUUUUAUAAUAUGGAAAGGAAUCACGCAAAAAUUAACUUUAUAUGGUAACAGCAGAUGAUUUACUGUCUAACUAGAAUUCAAAGCAGCUCAGAAUUUGUACAGAACAUUACGGUAUAACUGAGGCAUGUUGGUUGCGAAUUGUAAGGAAUAUUUUAUAAUAUGGAAAGGAAUCACGCAAAAAAUAACUUGAUAUGGUAACAGCAGAUGAUUUACCGUCUAACUAAAAUUCAAAGCAGCUCAGAAUUUGUACAGAACAUUAUCCCAUCACCGUACCCCUAACAGCCAGUCUGGAUUUCAUGAGCUUUUUGAACGAGAAAUCGGCCGUGCAAUCAGAAAUUUCUGCGUGCAAAUAAAAAUUUCUGGCGUGCGAUUAUAGCUCACGGCGUGCAAAACAACUGCGUCCGCGUGCAACUGACUUCGACAUUAGAUUCCCCUCAAUACAUCUGCGUAAAAUUAUCCGUAUUGGAUAAAAAAAUUUUGAGAGUGUUUGUGCGACUUUAGAUAUCGGUACUGUUCAGUGCAUCCGUGUAAAAUUAUUGUAUAAAAAAUACGCUGAAUCAUAGCCAUAACUGACCAGCGUCGGUGAGGAGGCGAUCUUUUCACCCAUAACUUUUCUUACAAGAUUCCUAUCAUCCAACACGAUAUGGUCUUUUUUGCUUCGCAUUUUUCGAUCAGGCCAAACUGUGCAACUGGUCGACAAUUAUGGAGUUCCUAUUCGUCGGCAUCUUUAUAUUACUGGAUUAUUGAUUUGAAAACCAUUUAAACCGAUUUUCAUUGGUGAGCAAUUGCAAAUUUUCUGCGUGCAAAUUUGAAUUCGCUCGUGUGUAUUUUUGCGGAGCGCUAGCGCUCUCGGGCGUGCACCCGCCAUGGAAUCCAGUCUGGCCUAACAGGUUGUAUAUACUUUGGCUUAGGAUGGAUAUUUAUUUUGCAUUUAUUUAUUCAUUUGAUAUAUUUUAAUUUGCAGUUGCAAUUCAUUUUUUCAUCCAGCUUGUUUACUUUAAAUUUGAUUCUUCCUCUGCACCAAACAAAUAUAUUAAUAUUGAGUCACAAAUUUCACGAAUAACUGUGGCACCGCAUACAGAGAUGGCAUUUUGAUUAAGGCCAGACACUGAAUCGGUCUAUCCUUCACAUUUUCUGCCUUAAUUUUUACUGUUACUACAAAUGUCUAAUUGAAAAGAAAACGGGCCGAGGUCGAGUUUGAUUCUAACUAAUCAUUGGAUAAUUUCAAUCGUCAUUCUCGCCAACAGAUUUUUGAAUGACGAUAUAACUUGAGUCAUAGCCACAUUGUUGUUAACAGUACAUUACAACAUUUAAUUUACCCAUUUAGCAUUUGCUAGUUUGACUCAAAUUUAAUGUUUCUGUCGAAGGCUCGAUCUUUAUUUUUUGAAUUGAAACCGGUUGUCGACUCCAGUAAUCCGAUUCUCUAUGAUUAGCAUUGUUUACAGAAUCAUUGUCACGUACUAACAGGGAUUUUCCUCCUGUUUGUUUUUGUUUACAACUGUUCACUAAGAGUUGGUUGGUUGUUGGUUAAUAAGAGCCAGAUUAUUCAGAAUAAAUUCCUCUAAAGCUGUAUUCGGAUUUGGGACAGUAUCUCCAGCCACAACCUCAGUGACCCUCAAAGCUGAGAGUUCUGCUUACCAUACCUAUAUCGUUUUGGGAUACAAAAUCUAGUUUAUCUGGCCAAUUCCUCAACUCCGUUUGGUGUUAAUACAAGAAAACAGAGGCAAACAUGAGUGAUUCUAAAGAAAAUACAUAUUUUAAAGAUUGUUUUGCCGAAUUUAAUGAAUACAGGAAAGCUGAUCUAUAUUGUGAUUUUACGAUCAAAGUUGGUUCGGAAAAAUUCAGAGUGCAUAAGAUUAUUUUGUCAACUGCAACUGAUUAUUUUAAGUUAAUGUUUCGGCAUGAGACUGUUGAGACUCUGUCAGGAGAAGUUGAUAUCCAAGGCUUCAGUGCGGAUACUAUUAAGAAAGUUAUCGAGUAUAUCUAUACUUCCAAAUUCCCCAUUGAUGAGACAUCUGAUGUCGCGUCAUACAUGCAGGCUUCACAUUUCUUACUACUACCAAAAUUAUGUGGUAUUGUCACUGAAUAUCUGGAACAGAAUUUGGGUCCCAAAUCUUACUUCAUCACCAUAAAUAUCUCGAAGUUGUACGAUCUGAAACAACUCGAAGAGAAAUGUGAUAAAAUUGCUUCCAACAACUUUGCAAAAAUUGCAGAACUGGAUGAAUUCAAGAAAAUAAAUGAAAAACAGUUGGUGGGAAUGAUCAACGCCAAAGAAAACACGGCAACUGAAGAAGAAAAGUGCUUGGCUUUGAUGAAUUGGACAAAAUUUGAUGAGAAGAAACGUUCAAAGCAGUUUGUCAGAUCUUUCAAGCAACUGGAUUUGACUAAGAUGUCGCUUUCAAAUCGCAGAAAUCUUCUGGAGCAAGAUAGCCUGAUUGGUUCGAAUGCUGAAGUACUCAAGAUAAUAGCACUUUCGUUUUUCGGUAGUAAGACUGCUGCAUCAGAUUCUGAAGACGAUGCGUUAGUCGUUUUUGACGAAACCUCUUUCCAUCUCCAACAGUUCAAUCCAAGGUCAAAUGAAUGGAAGCAAAUGCAGAAAAUGAAUGAAGACAUGGAGUCAGUAUACCUCUCUGCUAUUGCACUGAAUCAGCAUAUUUACGCCUUAGUUGGAGGAACCUCAUUCUAUCGACUCAGAUAUGUCGAUGUUAAUGCUACAUGGGAGGAAUUGAAGAGUCCGUUGGAAGAUCAUGGCUAUUACCCACCAAUGACUUUGGUUGAUGGUGAGAUCUGGAUUGUUGGUGGAUGUGGUCUAUCUAGCACAACAACAGUGGAAAAAUAUGAUUCUCUGAGAAACCAGUGGACAAAGAUGAUGAGCAAGAAUGUUGAAUCUAAUGGUCCUGCAGUCAUUUGCAUGCAAGGAAGCAUUUAUAGUUUGGGAGGACAUAAAGGAUCAAGUGCAACCAACAGAGCAGAAUGCUUCAAUAUAAAUACGUCAACAUGGACUUUCUUUUCACCAAUGCUGAGUGCAAGAGGUGAACCUGCGGCUGUGGAAUUUCAGGAUCGACUUUAUGUGCUUGGUGGAUGCAAUGGGGGGCAGGUUCUGAAAACUGUUGAAACAUACGAUCCAUCAUCCAAUUCCUGGACCAUGUUUGCACCGAUGAUAUCGGCUGGAUUUCGCUUCAGAAGCUUUGUUUUCAACGGGAACAUUUAUGCAGUUGGUGGAUAUUAUAAUUCAAGCCAAACCAUGGAGAAAUACAAUUCUGAAAAGAAAACUUGGGUGAUGGUUGACAUUCCCGAAGAUAUGAACCUUAAUAUAGGGGACUCAGUGAAAAUAAAUGUCAUAUGAAUAUUCGCACCCAACAUAUUGACUUUCGAACGUUCCACAGCUUCUAAUUAUUUUAUUCCCAUUUAUCGGGGCACUUGAUUUUUAUAUUUUGUAUUUUGCAAAUCAAUCAAAUAUUCUUUCUGUUCAAAUUGUAAUUUGAACUCAGUCCCUGUAUAUCGCAAAAACCCUUCCUCUCCCCGUACUGCCAACAUUUUUAUAUCAACUCAUAUUAAUUUGUGUGUGAUCAAAUUAGGAUAGGAUUUACAUAUUUAUCUCGGGGGAGAGGAAAGCAAUAAGACUGCUCAACCAUAUGGCUUAGCACGGCCUCUUGUCCAGUUAUCAUUCUAUGUCGGUUAUGGGAUUAGUUAGUUAUUUGUUUUUGGAAGCAUGGACUUGAUAAUAGAGGAAGCUAUAAAUGACCAAUGGCUACGUGAACCACCCUACGACGGCAAGAAAUUCAGCAAUUCUCUCACACAUAACCAUUCCCACAUGGGAUUCGAAUCUGCGAACCCACGCAGAGUAAUCAGAGGUGCGGUGGCGAGCGUAUUCCUAACGCUUAGCAUGAUGAGCCACACCGCUGCGCCAAAUUAGAGCCCUGAAUAUUGUGAAAAGCCUUGCUUCCCAGCAUUUAAACUCACUACGGCAAAGUUCCCAACCCUGAAAAUUUUGUAGGUCUUGGGAAGGAAUUUUGCCUUGCACUUGCUGCGGAAUUAUACCAUUCUUGAGGUUUGUUCAUUACUAUAAUACCACAUUGUAAACUACUUGAUUUGUACAAAAGCUAGAGUGCGAUUUGCCAUAACAAUUUCUACUGAGCUAAGGGUCCAUUGAAUAUUGAAUUUAAUGAAAAAGGUUGGGAACCACUGCACUAUGGGGAGGACUACUUGGGGAUUAGUUUGAAAUAUUCUACUGUUAGGCUCCAUUAUUAAGUACUGGGAUAAAUAUAAAAUCCUAUUUUACAUUCAUUGAUUUUUUAAAGUACUUCCUGAAACCCUUUAAUUCAGUUUGCAAAAAGGAAGUUUUUAUUUCUGAUUUUUGUGUCCACUGUUUGUUAAAUUUCUUGUGUAUAUUCUGUUUCCUCAUACAAUAACAAUAUAUCAUAUUAGAGGGAGUUACUAGUUGAUUUGGAAGAGGCUUUCUAGUUCGACAUGAACUGAACUCCAAUUAGGGCGGUUAUUGACGAACUAGAUUGAAUGCAUCAGGAUAAAAAAAAAUU